AUGAAAGUCGUGCACUUGAAACUCGGCGGUAAACGUUGCGCUAUUAUAUUCGACGACGCUGAUCUAGAAAGUGUGGUCUCAGCAUACCCAGAGGCCGUGGCGGAGAAGUUCCUUGCGCUCUUUAAAGGCAACUUUAGCACGGCAGCAGUCCUUGAAAAUCCUCCGGAGCCAAGCACGUCCAAUGGACCGCGGGUUGAUGGUGUUCAAUAUGAACGAGUCAAACACUAUCUCUCUGUUGGCAAGAACGACGGUACCCUAACUAUGGGAGGAGACGAGGUCUUCGGUCCUGAGGUGGUGGUUAACAUCAAGUUGGAGACCGAAGUCCUCGAAAAGGCGAACUGCACGGAGAUUGGCCUCCGUGCUUUUGUUUUCACCUAG